UUUCAAAUACGGCCAAGUAUGUUUCCAUGUAUUUGAAAGGAAUCACGCAGUUACAUUCAUUCCUGUUUCUAAUAUGGGCGUUUCUUCAGUUGAAAGCAAAGACAGUUAGAUCACAAAGAAAAUCCACUGAGGAAGUUCACAUGGCUUUACUUCAGUGAGGACGGGUAGAUGGAUGGAUAUGUAUCUGUUUAAUAAUGUUUGUGUCAGCAACUGUAGUAGGGGGAUCCAACUUUACAGGUGAAGAAUGAGAUUCAACAUUCAUUACUGACACCUUUCCCUUACUUAUUUCUUUUCUCACAAAAGAGGAAAAUGCAAAUGUGUCUUUUUACCGUAGUCCUAGUCUUGAUUAGGGGAGGAUUAGGUAGUUGUGGCACUUGCUUCAACGCGUCUUCUGUUGUGGAGGUAGAUGCGCAUAUGGAACGUUACAUAUUUAGGAAAGUAAGGUCACUGUCUCUCUAUUCCUGUGCAUCGGAAUGUCUGAUGUCUUCAGUCUGCAUGUCCUUCAACUUUGAGACCAAGACCCGCAUCUGUGAACUCAACAGCAACAGAAGUGAUCUUGUGGCCAUCACAACGCAGCCAGGAUUACUCUUCAGUGACAUCAACCACUGGCCUAAGUCCCUCGCUGGCGCCUGUUCGGCGACACCUUGUCCUACGUCCAGGUGCCAAUUAGAUCGACUCGGACGGGCAUCAUGUGAGACGGGUAAAUCUUUACUGGUAAAAAAAGUUAAUUCUAUUGUACGUUAUCUUUUAUUGAAGUCAUUUGGCUUGGACUGACAUGAUAUGCCAUAGAGAAAGUGUAUGUCACGAAUGACUUUUUCCAGGACAAAGCAUCUGCCUGGAGGUCAGUGUUUCGAUCCCGACUGUGUAACUUCAAAAGAUGUCAAAACCUGGUAUUUGUUGUUUUCCCUGUCUGGCGCUGGGCAUUAAGGGGAUAAAACAAGGACUAGUCAGAGUGGGACACACAUGUUUAACUGCAAAAUGGCAUUUCAGUCGGCCAGCAAAGAAUAAGUUAUUAUUCAUGACUAGUGCCCGCAGCCGCACGCACGCACCCACGCACGCACGCACGCACGCACACACACACACUUAUAAUAAUAAUCGGGUGAUGUAUAUUGAUCAUGUUGAUAGCGACCCGACCUAACCAAAGAACAAUAACUGAAACAAGAAAUAGGGUUUCAACGUACGUGUAUGCUUUCGUAACUGACAGUGACCUCUGAAAUCCAUCAGUAGUUGAGCGGACCCAUUUAUCUGUUGCAAUCGGUGGCAAGAUCCAACUCCAAGAUCCAAAUAAUGACAGAUUGGUUAAACAUACAUGUACUUACUUUGAGAAUAAAAUAAACCAAUAUGUUAUAUGAUUGAGUUUUAAUAUACAGAGUUUCAAGGUUGUGACGCACCACCUUCUGUUGCCAAUGCUAAGAUGCAUUAUGACGGUGUGUAUGAAGGAGCAGUUGCAGAAUACACUUGCAAGGACAACUUCAUGAUGUGCACAGAUAGAAACCAGAGAGUUUGUCAGUUGACAGGAAAUUGGAACGGUUCUGUCGGCCCGUGCGCACAGUAUAGUUGGGAGAACCCGGUGAUGAACUUCCUCAUGGUCAUGCCUUGUGGGAAUCCAACGAGUUUCAAAGUGGCAAUGAACAUCACUCCAACGACCGUUAAUCGAGUAUAUAUGGAUGUUCGCGGAGGAGGAAAUCGUCUGUAUCAUAUUUCCUUCCGACUGGAUGAAAACAAGCUAGUAUUCAACUCACACUUCUCCGGUGUGUGGGGAACAGAGAUUAUGCUAUGGCCGGUCCCAUUGGCAAUAGGUACCGAGUCUCUGGUGGAGAUACGACUGGACCAAGGCAUAUACAUGCUAGCUGUAGAUGGAUCAAGCAUAAACAACUUCACAGACAGAUACCCGAAUGAGAUCCGAGAAGACGUCCGUAUCAGUGGUGACGCCAUCCUCACUGCGGCGCACAUCACAAUAUGAUGUUGUUGUCGGUAUCAACUGACUCCCGGUUACAAACCCUGCAAAACGAAAACAUCCCCCAGCAGAGCUAAAUGCUGUUUCUGGACAUACAAAGCUAUGAGAACAUUGUGCGCAGUCAGUGGAGUAUCGGAUAUUGUUUUUUGUACAGGUAUAACAUUGUGAUACAAUAGGUGAUGUGUUUCAAUUACAACUGAAUAUGAUCACUGGGCUUGUGUAGUACUCAUUCUGGUUUCAAAGACGUAUAGCUGGAAUAUUGCCAGAAUAUUGCGCAAAAUGCGAUCCAUCGUUUGUUUAUGUUUAUGACACAAUGUAACCAUAGCGAACACCAUUUGCUUUGAUAACUUCCAGAUAGUAUUUAUCGAAUUCAAAAGGGAUGCAGCCAUUUUAGAACUUGUGGUAUUUGCUGUGUUACCUUUCCUCCUUUAUGAGGGUAUGACAUUAUCCUCGUGUUCGACGUCAUGACGAUCAAAUGUUCUUGUUCAUCCACUUUAUCAAAUGUCACAUCAAAGGAACAUGUCAUAAGAGAGGGUCAAUAUUGAUGGCAGCACUUCCUACUGGCUAUGGAAAGUCUCUUCCGUUUCAAAUGUUUAUCCCACUGAAGCAAGAGACAUGCGAUGCCAAACAUCAUGGCAACAUGGUCGGGGGUAUUUAUGUAUUGGAGAAAAAACGCUCACGAGGUUUUGGUAGACAGAGCAUGCCCUGGGGGGAGGGGAAAACCAAGGGGGCG